AUGGAUAAAACAAAAUUAGGUAAUACAGGCAUGGAGUUACCACCAUUACGCAGUCUUGAUGAUUUUUUAUUAGAAUCGGCACGUUUUCAAAUUCCAAAUUUAAAAGAUCUCGAUAAAUGGGGAAAUAGAGUUGUCAAUAAUCUACUUUAUUAUCAGACAAAUUAUUUUUUUAUGUCUGUUGUUAUUUUUUUGAUCGUUGGGAUUAUCCACCCAGGUAAAAUGUUAUUGGGUAUGGUGUCGAUGACAGUUGUACUUGCGUUAUUCGGAUACGUUUCCAGUGAAGGAAGAGCUAUUCAUCAUUUCAAAAAACAAAACCCACUAGCUGGUGUAAUUAUUGUUGCCGCAGGUGGAUGCUUUCUUGCGUAUACUUUGGGAUCACUUCUCGUGUUUCUUAUUGGUAUUUUAUUACCUUUUUCUGCAACAUUUGUACACGCAUCGUUAAGAUUAAGAAGUAUUAAGAAUAAAGUCGUCAAUAAAAUCGAAGGAAUUGGACUGAAGCGUACACCAAUGGGAUUGUUCCUCGAGCAACUUGAUGAAACGUUAACGCAAUGGUUAAUAAAACUUGAGUCGUGUGGUUUUGAUAUUUACUCUGAUGACGAUAAUCUCAAUAAAAAAAAUUCUUAA